AUGUACGCCUUCAACGCCGCGGCUCUUCUCGCCCUUAUUGGUGCCGCUGCUGCUAAGCCCACCGCGUCUCCUGCUCCCAUGCCCACUGGAAGCAAGAACGGCACAGUCACUGUCACCAGCGUCGUCGAUGUCUACACCACCUACUGCCCUGGACCUACCAGCUUCCACAUGGGCGGCAAGGACUAUGUUGUCACCAAGCCCACCACUCUGAUCAUCACUGACUGCCCUUGCACCGUCACUGAGACUCACCCCGCUGGUCCUACUUGGAUUCCCGGGCACCCUGGCUACAAGCCCGGGCACCCCGUCAAGCCUGAGCACCCUGAGAACGAGAAGCCUGGCAAGCCUGAGCACCCCGUCAAGCCUGAGCACCCUGAGAACGAGAAGCCUGGCAAGCCUGAGCACCCCGUCAAGCCUGAGCACCCUGAGGUUGAGAAGCCUAGCAAGCCCGAGCACCCCGACGUCGAGAAGCCUGAGUACCCCGCCAAGCCUGAGCACCCCGAGGUUGAGAAGCCUGCCCAGCCUGAGCACCCCACCAACCCCGAGAAGCCCGAGGGUGAGAAGCCUGGCAAGGACGAGGAGGUCCCCGAGGAGCCCGUUGUCACUGCCGGCGCCGGUGCCAUCCAGUUCGGACUCGGCCUUGCUACCUUCCUCGGCCUCAUGGCUCUGUAA